AGAGGCUAUUGAUCCUCUGCUGGAUGGAAAAUUAAGAGUAUACCCACUUAUCUUGGCCCCACUGCACCACUGCUGAAGUGAAUAUCCAGUCAGUAAACAAGAUAAAGUAUCCCAUCAGUAAGAAUAGGAAAAAUAAAAACAAGAUAAGAAUAAGAAUAUACCAACAAUCAGUAAAACAGGGUAAGUUAAAACAAGAUGGAGAUGAGCCAUCAGUAAAAACAAGAUUUAAAAAGUGCAGAGAUCAAUAAAUAAUCAAUAAAUACUAAAUAUGCUGCUGCAUGAUGUCUUGUUCAUCUCACUGCUGUCCACUGGGACAAAGCUCUUAUAUUUUAUCUUUUUAAGAGAACUCUCACUGCGGGUCGCUACUCCUCUUCUGAGUUUACACUAAUAAAAGCAAAUUUAUCCUAAUACACAUAUUACACAGACUACUAUAUCGCUACUAUCUCAUACGCUCUUAUAUAUGUGCAGCUAUUUGAAUAAAUACAUCUUAAAAAGUGCUUUAUUUUGUUAUUUAAUAAAGUUUAGUAUUUUAUUCAGAAACACAAACUAUGGCUGCAAAAUAAUGUGAGAAAACAGUUUAUUUGGCUCUUGAAUCCAUCACAUAGUUUGUUCGGCUGGUUGGAUGAUGGACGCUUGAUUCUACCAAUAGCAGUCGAGAAUUCAGCGUGACCGCGUUAAGUUCAACCAAUGGGGUAUCGUGGGGGCGGGGCCACACGCCCAGCUAACGUAAACGUUGUCGGUAGGAAGAAGAAAGCCGAUUCUGGAAGCCAUUACGUUGCGCACAUCAAUUGACUAAAUCCAACUAUUUUUGCGUACAAUACGCACAAUUAUCCCUCCAAAAGAGGAAUAUUUGCAAUUAUGGCAUCGGCCGCGAAAAAGCGGAAAAUGAAUUUCUCGGAGAGAGAGGUGGAAAUAAUAGUGGAAGAAAUAGAGAAACAAAAGCACACACUGGUUAACCACUUCAAUGCUGGAGUCACCCACAUGGCAAAGAAUAACGCGUGGGCGGACAUUCUGAAAAAGGUGAACGCGGUCACCACCUGUCCCAGAGAGCUGCCCGAGGUGAAGAAGAAGUGGUCCGACAUGAAGACGGAGGUCCGGAGGAAAGUGGCCCAGGCUCGGGCUGCCAUCGAGGGGAACUCCACUGACUGCACUCCGGUUCACGUCAUCCUCACCGCGAUGCAGCAGCGGAUCUGUAACCUGCUGGGGGAGGCCACCAUCAUCAGCCUACCUGCAGGAGACUCAGAUGCUGAGAUCACCCUACCUGUGUCCGUGAACGCCGCCACCACCGUCACUCUGACUGAGGCUCUUCCAGCUGGACCUGGAACAGUUUGUGAUGACGCCAAAAGUGCUGAAACUACGUACCACACCCUGGAGGACGGAGGCGUGGUUGAGUACUGCACCACCACUGUGGGCGACUCCACUCCCACCGUUGUGGCGGCCGUCGAGGCUCCUGUGGAGAUGCUCGCCUCGUCCUCGGCGUCCCCGCCUCCCCCUCAGGGUCAGGCCAAACCUCAGGAGCUGAAGAGCCGCAUCGCCCUGAACUCCGCCCGCCUGCUGCAGGAGCAAAGAGUCACCAACGUCCACAUCCGCCAGAUCGCCCAGCACCUGGAGGGCCAGAACGAGCUGCUGCAGGUGAUGAGGCGCUCGCAGGAGGCCCAGGCGUUCGCCCAGGAGAGGCAGGCCCAGGCUCUGGAGGGGAUGCAGGCUGCUCUGCUGGCUCUGGUUCAGAUGCUCAGACCGGCUCUCAAAGACCUCCGAAAGUUCAUGCAGAGCGGGACUGAAGCCGCGCCUGCGAACUCCAACAGCUCUGCAGCCGCUACAGAGGAGCAGAGCCGGCCUAAAACACCUCCUCCCGCUCCCCAGCAGGAGGAGACACAAUGACUGUGUGUGUGUGUGUGUGUGUGUGUGUGUGUGUGUGUGUGUGUGUGUGUGUGUGUGUGUGUGUGUGUGUGUGUGUGUGUGUGUGUGUGUGUGUGUGUGUGUGUGUGUGUGUGUGUGUGUGUGUGUGUGUGUGUGUGUGUGUGUGUGUGUAUAUGAGUGUGUGGGCGUGUGUCAAAGCUUGCAAAAGUUGCCUUAGAGAGAGCAUGUACAGGAUUUUACUUUGUUUUAUGAUUUUUACAGCAAUGGACGCUUUGAAAAUGUUACGUUUUCAUUAAUCAUCAAUGGGUUCAUUUUAUUUAAUACUUCUGAUUUGGUCUUUCAAUAAUGUUUUUAAUACUGCACAUUCAUUUUUUGAAGUUGUUUCUUUAACUCAUCUCGCAGUAUUAAUCCUGAGUGAAGAAUAAUCCGUCUUGUUUUUAAGGUGAGAGUCAGCUGUGGUCUCUGGUAGGUGUGCACAGCGUCCUCACAGCUGAAUUAAGUUUAAAGAAAAAUCCUCUUUUCCCUGCAGGCUGCAUUACUACUAAGCAACCACAAGAGGUCAGUGUGUAGUGGCAAGAUUAAACACUGAUGGAGCAGCACUGUACAACCGCUUUACAUGAAAAUAACAGUUUUAAUUUAAGUGUUUGAUUUGUAAAAACACCUGUUGAGUGACCUGCAUAGAGCUUGACGGAUCUCCAUGGAGGAGAGCGCUGAAGGAAAACUUCCUGCUGUUACUGGACUUCUCUCAUCAUGGAACAGAGGAGGCAGAACAAAACAUUAAAGAGAAGAAGAGAGAGUGACCAAUCAACACGUGAUGACUUUUAUAAUCAGCUCCAAAUCUUUGGAGUGAAAUAUGAGCAGAACACCUCACUGCAAACAAACCUGUUGAAUGAAAUAAAAGAACAUGUUUUUAUAAAAUCA